AUAGUGAUGAGUAAAGACUGAGUUCUCACUGGUGCUACCAACGAAAUGGGAAUAAAAAAUUCCAAGUUGAACUGUGCCAGCAAAAAGUCAAGAGAGGAGCCCUAUCGUCAAGUGAAGAAGGUGGAUGACAAAAUAAAAGAAGAAAAUGGUGAUCAAGUGAGAAAUGAUAAGAAAAAUGGAGAAGGAAAAAUAGUGCCAGAAGACAAUUCUUCAUCCAAAAGUCCAAGCAAAGGUCAAUCUGUUCAGGAGAGGGAAAAUCAAAUUCAGAAUGGACAGGUAAAAGCUGCAAAAGGUGACAGAAACACAAGCACAAAAAGUUCUAAAUCCACGACAGGGAAGUCGGCUGUAAAGGAAAAGAAGGCUACACAGGAGAAGGAAAGCAAGCAGAUGUACAGUGAUGAUAAACCAUUUAAUUUUGUUAAAGCUAUAAAGACAGAUUAUAAAAGUGGAAGUUUCCAAACCUCAAAAGAAGGUUCAACAGAGGCCAAGAGGGACAGGACAGUUGAUGCAGAUGAGACAAAUCCCAAGUCUAUAAAUAACCCAGCAGGAUCUGUCGAUGAAACAGAAUUAAAACAGAGUUAUGGCCCUUCUCCAGCUGAUGGUGAAGAUCCUGCCUCCAUUGGACAUUCCUCUUUGGAAAAAGAUUGUCUCCCUUCAAUGGACAGUGAAGAUGGACCUGAGGGGCAGGGACAAGAUUUUGCAGAUGCAUAUACCACUGACCACAAUGAACCACAGGAGAAAUCCAAGAAAAUCAUCCCCCAGUCAGAAGAUGAUGAAGAUCCCACAGAAAGUGAUGAUAGUGAUGAUGACGGUGAUGAUGGUGGUGAUGACAGUGGUGAAGAUGAUGAGGAGGGAGGAGGUGGAGGAACCUAUAAUUUUGGACAUGUAACGAGUAUGAUUAUUGGCACUGGAAAAAUAAUAGACAAAGAGACAAUUGUUACAUCAAAAGCCAGUUCCAGAUCCAAGAACAGUUCUAAAGAUAAACACAGACCCAAAGGAAAAAAGAGGUCCAAGGACAGGAAAAAGUCUGAACCAGGCAGUAAAAAGUCCCAAGGAAAAACUGUGAAUGCAGCUACUGUGCGUAAUUUAGGCAUUGGCAAGGUUACUGUGCAAAAAGAAACAAUAAUCAUGGAACAUCCCAAGUCAGAGCCAACAAAAGCUGAAGUAAAACCACCUAAACCAGAACCACUGUGGCCUGGGCUUCCAACAACUGAUAUGGAAGAACUUGGUAAGGUGACAGGUUCUGUUGGAAUGAUUCAUGGAUACAAAUUGACAGGGAGUGUGUUCCGUGUUGGGAAGGACAAAGUACUUACUGCCUGGCACGUAGUCAGAGGAAUGAUAUGCACAGAUCAUCAUUCCAAAAGGCUGGAUUACGAUCGUUUGGCAGACCCUAGCGUGUUUGUAGACUUUGGGUAUGAAGAAACAUAUCAGACUGACAAUAUGAAAAGAUUUCGAGUAGAGCCUUGUAUUGUGUACUGCAAUGAGAAACUGGACAUUGGUGUUCUUCAGCUGAAACACAAUGAUUAUGGAACAGCAUUUCCAAAACCACUCACAAACUUUGAUAAGUUUACACAGGAAAUGCAUGAAAAUUAUCCAAUAUAUCUCGUUGGGCAUACAAAUGCACUCCGCAAGAGUAUGGACUUUAUCAUGAAAUACUGGCAUCCUUUUGAUCAUCGCAUCAAAGAAUUAAGUGAGUGGUAUGAAGAUGAAUUUGAAUUCAAACAUGGAUAUGGUUUCACUGGCAUUAAGGAUCAAACCCGGCUUCAUUUUCAAUGCUCAUUUCGCCAUGGAGCAUCUGGUUGUCCUGGUUUUAUUGUCCGGUCCAAGGGAGAUAUACGGGUGGUAACAGUUCUUCUGAGGGGAUUCCCAGAUUUCUACUAUUUCAGUAAUUUCACAGAGGAAGAAAGGGACAGAGUUACUACAGACAAACUAAUACAGCAAGGCUCUGAUAUGGAAGCCAUCUGGGAGGACAUGAAAAGCAAAAACUGGGAGCUCUACAGAGAGAUUUUUUGUUACCAUGAGUAUAUUUCUCAUUCAGAGAAGAACAAACCUGUGGACACACCUUCAGAAGAAAAAGUUCUGAACUUUCCCCAGAGUCCUGCAUCCACUGAGAAUGAGAAGAAGACAGAAAAUCCGGGUGGUGCAGUGACCUGCAUUCCCAGAGUGGCAUCAGGACAAGAUCCUCUGGUUAUGCUCGCAUCGGGUAAAUCUAAAACCAUACCAGAAAGUGGAAAGGUCCCAACAGAAAGCACGGCAGAUACCGGUGAAAAGCAACCUGAGGCCUCAUCCAGCACUCAAGAAAUCCCUGUAGAGCAUGAAGGAGUCCAAAGUGAGGGAAAUAAUACCUGCUCCACAGAAGGAUCUCGGAUCUUUGGAGAAAGAAACAACAUCUCAGUUCAAGCUUUAGAUGAUGUACAAACGGUCAGAAGUUCAGGUGGUGAUGGAAGUCGUGGCUCCACCUCCUCCUAUAACAGACAGCUGUCAGAGGUCACGACCUCUGCUUUUGAAUCACAGUGUGCUGAGGUCAGACAACAAGCGAACAGCAACAAGUCUGCCAGUGCAAGCAAAGUGUGGUAGCAUAAUAUAGUCCAUUAAGUAUGGUCUAGUCAACUAUGCAAAACCUCAGUGCUAAUGUCCCUUAUGAAAAAAU